AUGGUGACGACCUCAGCGACAGAGAUUGAGCCCUUCUCCACGGAGACCACCGCCGUAGACAUCCUGCUGUGUGUGAUCUCCGUACUCCUCUGUAUCUUCAUCUGCACCGGGAACGUCAUGACCAUUCUCGCCAUUUUGCGCACCGAGGCUCUCCAGACAUUCUCCAACGUCUACGUGGCCGGUCUGGCGGGGGCAGACUUCCUGGUGGGCGUGUCCCUCAUCCUGUUGGCUCUCUUCAUGAUUCCGUACCUCAGGCUUACGCUAUACUUCGAGCACAUCAAUCUGUGUGUAUUCAUGCAAGGAAUUGUCAUCGGCAUGAUUUUUACGUCCGUGGAACAUCUGUGUUUGAUAUCAGUGGAGAGGUACCUGUAUAUCGUUAAGCCGUAUGUGUACCAUAGGGUCAUGACGAAAAGGGUUAUCGCUACCACAAUGGUUAUAGCCUGGGUAUUGGGGGUCGUAUACUCUGUCUCCCCACAAUUUAUCUACAAACCGUACGGGGAGGUUCCUCUGUGUGAUGUGACGGCUGUCCUACCCAUAGAAUAUCUCCUCUACAGCAACACAGCCAUCUACUCUAUAGUCAUCUUUGUGAUUAUCAUCAUGUACGUGCAGAUUCUCAAGAUGGCGUUCCAGCAGCGGAACGCGAUACGAGCGGUAACAGUUGUGGUCGCAGCCAACGGCCAUAACGCCAAGAAGGCAGAAGAAGAGGCGGCAAAAACAAGGCAGGCGACGAUGAAAAGUAUCAAGUUUUUUCUCACAGUGUUUGGCGCUUACUUUGUGUGCAUCACGCCAAUGGCCAUCUGUAUCUGUUUAGAUUUCUUCUUUAACGUCAACGCCUGGGUGUACCGAUUCUUUAACCUAGUAGCGCUCACUAACUCCGGAAUGAAUUUUAUCAUCUACUCAGUUCAGAACCGGAACUUCCGCUAUGCGUUUCUUCGGAUGAUUCCGUGCCUGUCCGCCAGGCGAUACCCGACGUCGCCUGUGACUACUUCUGCCUCCAAGUAAAACCCUCCACAGCACUGGGUCAGUCUCGUCUUUAAUCUGACUGUAUUUAUUGAAGAUAUGUGCACCAACAUGAAGACAGCUUUGCUCAAUAAGGACUUGUUUAGGAAAUAUAAUAAUGGUAUUAUU